UACAACUCACACACGUACGCAGGUACUCACACAUACAAUAACAAAAAAUAGGAAGCAAACGAAGCAGUGCAAUUAGGAACAAAAAUACAAUAUUGUGCUUGAAUUGUCAAAAUGCAUAUUUAAUACUAUUAGCAUAUUGUAAUAUUGUCUGCUUUGAGGUAAGAAUGGCCGGAGGUAGACGAAACUUGAGUCGGUCGGGCUCUGGGCGGCCUCCUCAACCGUUUUUCAACUCUCAUGAUGAUGCGGGGAAAGCCAAAGUGGGAGUGAACGGCGAAGGCUUGAUAGCACCGAAACACAUUCCGAUGCCGACUCUGCCACAUGAUAGCAGCAUCGUGUUCGAGGUGAUCAUGUUCGUGUACACGGUCACUGCCACUUUCCUCCAGUUCUUGCAUCUCUACCGUUCUGUCUGGUGGCUGUCUCAAUCCUAUACUCGUUAUUCCAUUAACUUCUAUCUGAUUGAUCCAUACCUGGUAGGAUUUAUCGGCACAAUCCUGGCAAGGCGGUUCGUCUACACUGGAUUGUGUAGAUUAUUGAUAGUGUGGUGUCCACCGUCUGCUUGGCCCAUAGUACAACAGUUACUCAGGUUGUUACUUCUUGGUGUUGUCUUAACUUGUCUGAUCUGGUGUGCUUAUCCAAUCAUGCAGAAUCAUCCCAUAGUCAACAUUUUCUAUCUGUGUUAUCCAAUAUCAGUGUACUUCAUAUUGUUCGGAUUAAGUGUCAGUCCAUUCUUUGAUGUAAUGUCUCAACCUGCAUCGGCAAUUGUUGAUGAAACAAAAAGUAAAAUGAUUGGGAAACCUGUCCACAGUUGUUCAAUGUCGCCACAAACAAUACGGGAGGAGGUUGACUUCCUCAAAGCUGAUUUCAACAAUAGAAUGAAGCAAAUACUCUUCAGUUCCGUACUUAAUGCUUAUUACGCCGGGUUUGUUCCGUGUUGCUUUGCUCAGAGCUUCCUAUACUACGAUGUUUAUUGGGCUACUCAACAUCUAACAUUUGUUUGGCUUGGAUGUUUUACAAUGUACCUCGUACAUUGUUAUCCAAUCAAGUAUUAUGACACCCUUCACCAAGCUGCGCUGCAUCUAGGCAAGUGGGCUAAAAUCGAAGGACGGUCUUGUCAUCUGCCUUCUCAUGUAUGGGCAGAUUCAACGUUAUGGCAUCAGGGUGCUUUAGUAAAGCACUGUAAAGAACUCUAUAAAGCUGAAGGCAUCUCGAAUGCAGCAGAGCCUGGCAAUCCAACGCAUAAUCGAUUUUAUGCGAUCUUCAACAACCCGUCAGUGCUGCUGUGCUCGCUGGGCGGCUUCCAGCUGUCACUGGUGGUGCUGCAGAUAGUGAUCCUGGUGCGUGCGUCAGAGUGGUACCAGGUCAUAUCCCUUGCGCUGCUGCUCUUCGCCAACUACUACACACUGUUCAAGUUGGCGCGCGACUACCUCGUCUGCUUCCGCGUCUACAAGCUCGAGGAACUGCUACAGGACAAGGAGAGCGGCGGCUGAACUAUUAAUGCAAAUUAUUUGUAAUUAACUGGAUCUCAACCAAGAAACCUUCCUCAAUAACAAAUCUAGGAAACACUUCACUUUAUGUCAACCAGUAAUAUCGAUAUUGAAAUAUCAAUAGUAUCGAAUUUCAGUAUCGAUACUAUCGAAAAUGAAAUAAAUAUCUAUACUGGAACUCGAUACUGCCGAUAUUUUUGAUAUUGAUAUAAGUGAUCACUGGCUCAUUCAAGGUAAAGUAUAGCCCAAACCUAUGCAAAAUAAUUUGUAGUAUAUUCAGUGAAACUGCGGAGUAAUGUAAACAAAAUAUUUAAUGAACACUACUUGAUAUUGUAAAAAUCACUGAUUUAUAAAAACAAUAAUUUUUGAGAUAGUAGUUUCGUUUGCUACACCAUUAUGAAUUUCUAAUAAGCUACAGAUUUUAGUAAACUAGUGGAGUUUAGUACUAGAAUUUGAUAAUGGUGUAACUACCGAAUCUAGUAGUGUUAGCUAGAUACUAGUUUCGGUUGUUACACCAUUAUCAAACUCUAUUAAACCGAAUAUUUUAUUGAACUAGUAGAGUUUGCUAGAGAUCUAGAGAUUGAUUAUUCAUUGUGUUACUAUCGAAACUAGUAUUUUUUUAUAAAUCAGUGGUUUUGUCAAUAUCUAGUCGUUUUCAUUCAAUAUGGAUAUUCUAAUAUCUACCACAAUAUCUAUCACCUUGACAACAAUGUAAAAAAAGUUUUGGAAGAUUAUCAGCUUAAAUCGCUAGGGGUUGAUUGACAUCUGUUCAAAAAGUUACUUUCGUCAAGUAGAACAAAUCACUUUCUAAUUUGGGCUAUCAUUACCCAAAUGUUGAAAUAAACAGCUGAACAGGUGUGAAUCAACCUACAGAAUUUCCAUCCUGAUAAUUUCCAGAAAAUAUUAAACGUUUCUUUACAUCACUCCGUAGUUUCGUUGAGUUCAUUAUAAAACUGUAUUAUUUGUAGAGUAUCUUUUUGUGUAGAAGAGGAAGAAUAAAAAAAACAGUAUACCGUACUAAAAAGAAGAUUGCGGUAAAAAAUAAGAUUAAAUGAAAAGAAGUAGUAUGGUUGGGAAAAACAAAUCAAGUUGAUGGAUGAUUAGGAGAGACAUAAUCAAUAGACGUAGUACAAUAGGGAGGAGAAAAAGCAGCAAUAUGGUAGGUAAAAGGAAAACUGUUGAAUAAUAAAAAGAAGCAGUAGGUGGAGAGAAGAUAAAAGAAGUGAAGGAUGUAAGAAGAUAAAGCAAUAAGGAUGAUGGGCUGAAAGAAAAUAAAACUAGACACGGAGGAGGUUAAAGAUACAGGAAGAAAAAAAAUAGUAUGUGGAGAAGAAAGAUUGGAGAAAGAGAUAGAGUACUAUUAUUGAAAUAGAAUUUGGCCGAAAAUAACUUGAAUAAUUUAGAUUCUAUCACUUCGUUACUGAGCAACAAAUAUGUUAUCGGUUGAUUUACUUAGAAUCUACUAAUUAAUGAAAUUAGAACAAUAAUCUCUAUGAAAAGAUAUGUCCUGCAUGGAACAACCAUUAAUCGUACUGAAUCUGAGAAACAAAAUUAAGAACAACUUAUUAUAGUAAUAGUUUAAAAAGAAAUGAAUCAACAAAAAUUAAAAAUGGAUAUAAUAGAAAAACAAUAAACAAACGAACAGUAAAAAAUAUGAAUGUAAAAACAUGAUAGUAGAAUCAGGGUUGGCCUCUAGGCUAUUUAUAUAAUCAUGGUAUAGGUAUUGGUGGGCAGGAAGGUUUCUCGGGAAAAUAAUAAUAUCCACUAAUUAUAAGUAAUUUAUAAAAUUGAAAAAUUAGGAAUAAUUUACAACAAAGAUAUUGAUUCUUGAAACUUAAACAGCCAGCUAGAAGUUGCCGGCUGCCUAAUUUACAGUAGAUGUCACAACUUUUUCGAAUUGAUGUACUUGUGCGCACUAUUGAGUAUUGACUAUUGUGUACCGUAGUGGAAAUGAGUUCUGUGUAUUGACCUGCUGCAUUUGUGUUCAUUCUUGUCAUAAUUUAUUGUAUAUUGUCUACCAUUAAUCUAGUACGUAAUUUAAAUUAUUAAAUGAAAGCAUGAUUGAAAAUAUAAA